CUCAGUGGCAGUGGGUGAGCCACCCAGCCCAGCUGGGCAACCGGGAUGGCCUUGGGUUCUGGAAUCCUGAAGAUUCUUCUUUUCUUAAAUUUUGGUGGAGUUCAGGUGCUGGCAAAAGGAAAAUCUACUGGUGUGGAAAUAGAAAUCAAAUAUGCCAUCAUUGGAAUUACACUGGGAAUCAUUAUCUCAGCUGGUUUUCUAGCACUGAAGAUCUGUAUGAUCCGAAAACAUAUGUUUGAUAAUGAUUCCUCAGACACAUCUAUCCGAAGAAAGAGCAACACAAGAUCCAACUUGAAUUCCUCUGACAGAGAUGCUCAAGUGAUUGAACUCUAACCGGCUGCUGGUUUCCGAUGGUGUGCGAUUGACUUGGACAACACAUGCUACGACCAUCCUCAGGGGUGCUGCUGAAUCCGUACAGAAGUUUAACAUUCAAGGCUGUUAAUUCAAGGGAUCAAAGACAACCUGUUUACUGAUGGAGACAAAUGAAGAGAGGAAGAGAUUCCUAAGUGCAUCUGUUCUUAAAAAGAGGAAGUACUUUCUUUUCUAGAUGAGGAUGAUGGCUCACUUUUAGCAGGGCAAGAGGUUGAAUUGUUCUGUUAUUAAUGGGGAUGGAUUUACACUGACCUGUGCACAUAAUAUUCAGUUCCCUUUCUAACCACCAGCUUACAUUUGCUAGGUGGAUCAUGGGACUACAGACCAUUGCUAUGAAACAUUAAAAAAAAAAAAUCAACCAGUUCUCUCAAGUAUAAAGCUGCGAGCUGAACUUCAUUAGCACUAUGGGUCUAAACUAAUAGCAUUCCCAUUUGCCUCAUCAGCCACCUUCCUCAUUCCUGCAGCCUUCUGGAUGCUGUACAUAUAUUUCAUGGGACCACUGGAUUAUUAACCUAGAUGUGCAAGGGACUUCUAAGGCCAUAUAGUCUAAUUUCCUCAAUUUGCAGAUGAGGUAACAGGCACAGAGAAGUUAAUGGGCUUACCUAAGUCCACACAAAUAGUAUUAGGGAUGAGAUUUGAACCCGGGUUCAUUGAAUCCAGAGUUACUCCUCUUUUUUACUAUACAGCAUCACUGGCCACUUCCAAUAGCAUUAUAAUUCUCACAAAAUUCCAGAGAUAUAACUAGGGUGAGAUGCACAGGGGUUGUGCCUUAGGGAAAUAUGUUUAGAGGACACUGCAAUAUCUUUUAGUCCUUUAGCAUAACUGAAACAACAGGGCUAGUUAGAUUAACUAGCUAGUUAGAUUAAUAACUAAACUAAGUAAGUAAGCUAGUAAGAUUAAUAAGUGAAUAUAUUAAGUGAUUAAAUGAAAAACUCUCAGAAGGUGAGAGGGGAGAGCAGGUGAGCUUCUGCUUAUUACCUAUACCUACUUCCUCAUGCCUUAACUACAGGAUAUCCAGUUCUCUUCUUCAUCCUGCUCAUCUGAAGCCUUGCUCCACACAGUUUAUCCAAAGCACAGUUUGUGAAACUAAUCCUUAUUUCAAACAAUUCUAGUUCUGGCUCUUUUUGCAGCCUGCUGGAUACUAUGUCUGUAUUUCAGGCAUAUUCAGAGUUCCUAACCUUGAAGAACAUGGAGACUAAAACAGAAUGGAAUGUAAUUGGUAUUGAACCUAAAAGUUUGCCCAUUAUUAUUAUUAUUAUUCUUUUAAUUUUUUGCUGAGGCAGUUGGGAUUAAGUGACUUGCUCAGGGUCACUGAGCGAGGAAGUGUUAAAUGUCUGAGGCUGGAUUUGAACUCAAGUCCUCCUGACUUCAGGAAUGGCGCUGCAUCCAUUGUGCCGUCUAGCUACCCCACUUGACCAUUAUUUUUUUUUAUUAAAAGUUUUAAUCUUUCAAAACAUAUGCAUGGACAAUUCUUCAACAUUAGCCCUUGAAAGACCUUGUGUUCCAAUUUUCCCUCCCUCCCCCCACGCCCUCCCCUAGAUGGCAGAUAAAGUCCAAUAUAUGUUAAACAUGGUAGAAAUAUAUUUGACCAUUAUUUUAAGAAAAAAGGAGAAAUAGAGGAAGGUGGCAAGGCCUUAGAAGUGGGGUAAAUUUUACCCAGAAAAGUACUGGGAAAAUGAAUGGAGGAGAAAUGUAGUAUCCCAGAAUUAGAGUUGAAGAAGGUAUAAUAAAUUAAUUAGUCCUGCUCAUUUUACAGAUAAGGAAAGAGGGCCCAAGAGAAAAGAAAUGACUUGCCAAGGAUGAUACAUACAGUAGGAUCAUAGCAUUAUAGAUAGAGAUGGAAUGGAUUUUAGAGGCAAUUUAACAAAACCAGGAUGCAAACCCAGCACCACAGACUUCAAAUCUGAUAUUCUUUCCUCUACCCUGUGACCCAGCAAUGAUAAGAAAAAGAUAUAAGAAGAGUCUUUUCAAUCUUCUUUCAAAAAUGGCAAAAGGCUCCAUCCCAACAUGCAUGGGCUUAAGUGUAGAAUGUGGAAAGAAAAAGAAGAGCUUGAAGAACCAGUCCGAACCCAAGGUUAUUGACUGUUUGUCCACAGUCUUCCCAUUGUAAAAUGUCUCCUGCCAGAAUUUCUUUCCUCUUCCCAUUACAUUAACUCUGGUGUGUUUAACAACUUACAAAUCUCCUACUUACCGGACCAGCCUGAGAAAUCUGGAGACUUCAACACGGACAAAGCCAUCCUCCACGGGGCGUUCCUGCCUCUGUGAGCCUACGUCCUCCUCGUGAAGGAUGAAAGAUGAGCUAUAUUUCAAGGCAAAGUGUUCUAUGAUAAUAAUUCUCUGAGAUUCCCAAGGUGUCUUUUAUCUGACUUGAUAACGAUGUAAUUCGGCAGCAGCCUUUGUUAACGCAUCACCUAAAGCGGUAAUGUGAUACUUAUAAGUAAUUUUCUCCAUGUAAGAUAAAAUAAACCAUCUUGUAAGAUA